GACCAUGCUCUUCUGUGUGUCAGAAUCAACAACAUAGCAGUCGCUGUGGGAAAAGAAGCCAAACUUUACCUGUUCCAAGCCCAGGAGUGGCUAAAGCUGCAGGAAAAUAAUCAUGAUUAUAGUUGUAGUGAAAAAUUAUCCAGAGCUCAGUUGACAAUGGCAGUGAAUCAGACUGAACAUAAUGUGACAGUGUCCCAGGUCCCAUCUCCACAGACAUGGCACGUGUUCUAUGCAGAUAAGUAUACGUGUAAGGAUGACGUGGAGCCACCUCACAUGGAAGAUAUCCCAUUUGAAAUGGUGUUGCUAAACCCAGAUGCCGAAGGAAAUCCAUUGGACCAUUUUAGUGCCAGAGAAUCUGGGUUACAUGAGUUCUUUUUCCUCCUAGUCCUAGUGUACUUUGUGAUUGCUUGCAUUUAUGCCCAAUCAUUGUGGCAGGCUAUUAAGAAAGGAGGACCCAUGCACAUGAUUUUAAAGGUUCUGACAACUGCAUUGCUGUUACAAGCUGGUUCAGCUUUAGCUAAUUACAUUCAUUUCUCCAGGUACUCCAAAGAUGGAAUAGGGAUGCCUUUUAUGGGAAGUUUGGCAGAAUUUUUUGAUAUCGCUUCCCAGAUCCAGAUGCUCUACCUACUUCUGAGUCUGUGCAUGGGCUGGACAGUGGUCCGGAUGAAGAAGGCCCAGAGCAGGCCUCUCCAGUGGGACUCCAGCCCUGCGUCCACCGGCAUCGCGGUGGUCAUCGUCAUUACCCAGAGUAUUUUACUCCUUUGGGAACAGUUUGCAGAUGCCAGCCACCACAGCCCCCACUCGCACCACAACUUGGCAGGGACCCUGCUCAUCAUCCUGAGGGUGUGCCUGGCGCUGUCGCUGGGCCUUGGCCUCUACCAGCUCAUUGCAGUGGAGAGAAGCACGCUCAAGAGAGAAUUCUACCUCACGUUCGCCAAGGGCUGUCUCUUGUGGUUUCUGUGCCAUCCGAGUCUAGUGUGCAUUUCUGUCAUUUUUAGUGACUACCACAGAGAUAAGGUUGUCACGAUCGGCGUCAUCCUCUGCCAGGCUGUCUCCAUGGUUCUGCUCUACAGACUCUUCUUAUCCCACAGCCUCUACUGGGAAGUCUCCUCGCUCUCCUCAGUGACCCUGCCCUUGACCGUAGCAUCUGUACACAAAAGUCGACCGCACUUCUGAUCGUUUUUGUUGAAAGAAAAAGUGAAUUGGUUGAAAGAAUGCAAUAAGGAUCCAAAGACAGUGACUCUUUUUUCAUACAUUUGCUAUGAAAAGUUCAGUAGUGAAGUAAAGCAGGCUAUUUAUAUAACUGCAUUUAAGCAGUACCAAAACGUAGAAGAGGUAAGAUGUGAAGUGUUUUGAACUAAACAAUAAACUUUUAAGAAAGAAUGUUGUUAAAAGAUGAUUGAAAGACUGUCCAUGUGGAAAUAAUUAUGAAAAAAAAUUUGCUUUCCUGAUUUUUU